AAUGAAGCAAUGGCGGCUGGCUGCUGUAGGAUUUAGCCUUGUAGUUUUACUGCUUGUAGCAAAUUUCAGCAUACAGUUCAGGAAAAGGUCCAAACGUGGUAAAGCACAAGAAAAUCAGAGAAAAUCCAUUGUUAUCGAUAAGGUAUCCACUUCAGCUGGUCCAGAAACUAUAAACACAAGUUCUGUGGAGAAUGCAAAGAUGAUUCCAAAUUCAGACUGUGGGAAGACUGAGGAAACUCAAAGGCUUGCUGAAUGUGUUCAUUGCAGUGAUUAUGAGAAGAAAAGCAUUAAAGGCUGUCUACAAACUGGGAAUAUACAACUUACAUACUGUGUUACCUCUAAUAUAAAAUUCUAUGGAAGCUGUAGACAUAUUGCACAAUGGGAGGAAAAAAAAUUCUGGAUGUUUCAGGGCAUUGUGUUUGUCAUGUUAAUAGUUUCAUCGUCUGCAGUAUGGUUAAGACAACGGCAACUGGAUAGCGUGUUUUAUCAGAAGGUUCAGAAACAAGUUGAAAGCGAAACAAUAUAAUUAUGGAUGGAUGCACAGGAAUAGGAAAAUUUGCAAUAAAAUGUGGAGUGGGUCGAUGGAUUGUCCUGUACCUAAUAUUUAUUCAAUUCGGAGGGAAGUACCUGGAGUUGGCCAUUCAGUAGUGAUUAAGGAGGAGGCAGAUACAUUACCCCAAACUGAUGAAAGAAUAGCAGAUGCUGUCCCAAAAUAUAAUUUUUGUCAAGAUUCCAACACAUCAUACAUUUAAUUUGUCUUUUAUUGACAUGCAGAGAAUGUCCAUAACUGAGGCAGAAACUUCAUGGUUUGCAUGCGCUUGUCAUCCCAGAAAGAUGGAGAAUAACAUCAGUUUUCUGCUUUUUUAGGCUGAGUUAUGGACUUUUGUAACAGAGAGUGAUUUGGGUUUGACUCAACACACCUCUUGAAAUUCUAUUUCAAAUAUUCUGACUGAUACUCUUUAAACCCACUUUGAUAUAUUUUAUUUAUUAAAAUGAAUAGAGAUGGCUGUCCCCUUGAUAUACAUGUACUGUGCAUGUGGCAUGCAUUGUAUUUUAUUUAAGAUGAAUCCACUGAAGUAACUGCAGUGCUAGUGAGAAACAACUCAUUGUUUUGAAAUUAAAAAAAUUGUUAUUAGAAAUGAUAGAAUUGUAAAGAGGAAAAUGGCUUUGUGUAGACUUAAAUAUGGAAAGACCUCUGUAGGUGCCAAUAACUACUUCAGAAAUUUUUCCUUUGGAAUGAUCCAGUGUAUGUCAAGAAAGGAAUUUUCUGUUUAUUGGUACUGAAGCAGGAUUGAUAUCAUGCAUCAGUUCAGAUAAAUUUUUAUAGAACAAAAUGUUUUGAGGUAGAAGUUUAACUGUGUUAAACUGCAGAGUAGUGGUGAGUUCACUUACCUUUGCAAAAUAUAUGGAUGAAGCAGUUCUUGUGUGCACUAUAAACUGUACAUUCCCUCCUGCAUGUGCUAUUUGUGACAUGAAAACAUACUGUAUAUCUUUAUUAUCUGUUGCCAUGCGUAGUACCAGUUGUUUCAAAUACACACACAACUUAGAACUGAUGAAAAUAUUUAGAAAUAUCCACUUUAAUCAGUUCCCUCAGAAAAGUAUGGAUAAGAUAAUAUAAAUAUGAAUGUAGAGUUCUUCUCGACAGUUGCUGUAAAUAUAUAAUUUUUAGUGCACAUAAUAAAGAUGAAGUUUGUUGAGAAA